AUGCCACCUAACAGUAGCCUCAGUAACGGUGAGAACCCACCAACAACUAGAGCACGGCCACAAGCACCGCUUUCAAACCAAAACCAGGACCAAAACCAACACCAGCACCACCAUCAAAACCAAAGCCACCAUCACCAGAACCACCAGCACCACCAUCAAAACCAAAGCCACCAUCACCAGAACCAGAACCAGAACCACCAGCACCAGUACCACCACCCAUACUACCCAGCAACAUCAUCUUCAUCAGCCUCCUUCAAAGGUUGCUGUUGCUGCCUCUUCCUCCUCUUCUCCUUCAUUGCCCUCCUAAUUCUGGCCGUCUUUCUUGUAAUAAUCCUGGCUGUCAAACCCAAGAAACCCCAAUUCGAUCUCCAGCAGGUCGGAGUACAGUACAUGGGCAUAACCACACCCAAUCCUACGUCCUCUCUGGACCCCACAACCGCAACUGCAACCACACCAGCCACUGCCUCUCUUUCUUUAACCAUUCACAUGCUGUUCACUGCUGUCAACCCAAAUAAGGUUGGGAUCAAGUACGGGGAGUCCAGUUUUACUGUCAUGUACCGUGGGAUUCCUUUGGGGAAAGCUUCAGUCCCUGGGUUUUAUCAGGAAGCUCACAGUCAGAGACAAGUCGAUGCCGCCAUAUCCGUUGAUCGGUAUAGCUUGAUGCAAGCUGAUGCUUCUGAUUUGAUUAGGGAUGCCUCCUUGAAUGAUCGUGUGGAGCUCAGGGUUCUGGGUCAGGUUGGUGCUAAGAUCCGCGUUCUAGACUUGGAUUCCCCUGGUGUUAAGGUAUCAGUGGAUUGUGCAAUAGUGAUAAGUCCAAGAAAACAGGCUCUUACCUACAAGCAGUGUGGAUUUGAUGGAUUGAGUGUUUGA